AUGGUUCCAUCUUGUUGUUGCUGGAGUGAAUCUAUCGGCACCAUAGCUGUGGCAUACAACUUUGGACCUAACGGCCGGCCCAGUAACCUUUCGGAAUGGGGGAUCCCCGUUGGCAACAACCACGGUAGUAGUUGCGGAACUACUGGGCCGGGAGAGGACAACCUCUUGUUCCUGCUCCUCUUUCUUCGCUUCGGGGACGGAGGUCCUACGGUAGGUAACAGCAGGCCGACUGCUGAGCCCACUCUGGCUCAGCCGCACCACCCAGGGUGCGAGCCACCCGAGAAGCAAGCUAUUACAGCGAGCGGCUGGAGCAGUAUGGAGCCGAGGAGCAAGGCAGUAGAUAAGAUAGAAGAAGGGGUCAGGCUCCCGGUGGAGCAGAGGAUACGGUCAUGCGAAGGGGGCCAGUCCAAGAUCGUACUGUUCCUCUACAAAGACAACAGACGCUCUCAACGGCUAGGCGCCACUCUCUUUCUGAGUUAUUCCAGCUUCUUCAUGAUUUCGUGCCGCGGUGAACAAACAAAACAAAAAAGAGGGCCAUCUCAGCGGAAGGAGAAGGACCUGCAACGGCAGAGACUACUGACCCUAUUCUUGUUCCUAGCCGUCUUUUACGAGUCCGGAAAGCCUCCUCAGAGGGAUCCUAAAAAUAGAAUAGAGAAGGGCGGGCAGGGCUUCCGCAAGAGCCUCCCCCCUCUUCCCGGUCAAGAUAGAUGGGAAGGAGCCCUAUCAAGGCCAUAA